AUGCUGGAAGACGAUGGCAUCCAGAUAACAGAUUCUCCAGAUGAUCAAGGUCCCGAGGCGCCAUAUCAGACAUAUAACUUUUCCCCUGGAUCUAAUGGCAUUGUCUGCGUCGCUGACACUUUCGACCAAGGCGCAGGACUAUGUUGCCAUGGACUCCAAAAUGCAGACAAGGGGAGCUCUGUUGAUGACAGGUCUGGCGCAGAGGAGCUCGGCAUUGGUGCAACGAAGUACAGGCUCCGGACCAUGAAAUGGGGAAUCACGCCCUCAUGGUCGAAGAAGAAAGGUGCUUCUGUUCCGAAGGCGAUUAAUUGUAGAGAUGAUUCUCUCAGGACCCACGGUGGUAUGUGGCAGGGCAUGAAGAAUCGCAAGAGAUGCGUUGUGGUAGCGCAGGGAUUCUUCGAGUGGCUCAAUGUGAGCACAAAGGAAAAGAUUCCGCAUUUCGUAAAACGAAAGGACGGCCGGUUGAUGUGCUUUGCUGGUCUCUGGGACUCUAUCGGCAAUGAAGACACCGGAGACAAGACCUAUACUUAUGCCAUAAUCACAACGAACUCGAACAAACAGCUUCGAUUUCUGCAUCACCGGAUGCCGGUCAUUCUAGACACAGGCUCCAAAGAAUUGCAAGAAUGGCUACAUCCUUCCCGGCGCCGGUGGACUGAUGAUCUCCAAUCCUUGCUCAAACCUUACCGAGGAGAUCUAGACAUCUACCCAGUAAGCAAGGAUGUUGGAAAGGUUGGCCGCAGCUCACCGUCUUUCAUCAAGCCAUUGAAUGAUAAAGGAAGAGAGCAUGAUAUAGCCCGAUUUUUUUCA